UAUUUAUUGAGACGAACCGAUGCGGAAUUUUGAAAUACCUUUUGCAGUAGUAGCUUCAAAAUGUUGGUUAAAAUUUUGGCUCCCUUGAUUCUAGUGAGUUGCGUUUUAGCCACGGACUCCGAAGAUUUCGUGGCAAAGUUGAAAAACAUUACAACACAAGAACAAUUGCACUUUGUUCAGUACCACGUGGCGAAGGGGUAUUUCUUAUCCAACAAUUUCUCUACUGAUGGAUUUGACAAUGGUUUUUCCGAUGACUACAGUAGAGGCAUGUUUGAAGCUUUCCUCGAAAUCACAAGAAAACAAAACGAAGGUAUUGGAAUGAGUCUCACAAGCACAAAAUUGGGAUCGCAGAUUUGCGGCCCACACGGGCCUUGCUUCGAUCCCGAUGACGCUGGAACGCACCCUUGAGGAACACCUUUCAAUAUUCUUGAAAUUUGUAAAAUUAAACUACCUACUUGAAUAUAUAUUUUUUAUAAUCUCA